AUGAGUUUUGGUGCCAAAGGUUUCAGUCAAAAAAGAAAUGAUCCUGGUUAUUUUAACUGGCUGGCUGUUGCUGAUGCCCUGAUGUUCCUCAGUGAUGGCCUUCGAAAAUAUGCUGAGGAUAAAAUGAAGGAACUGCAUGUUUUAAUAACAACAAAUGUCGGCGGACCUGGAGUCAAAUGCACUUGCAAGUGUACCCCUGGAAAGAAACCAAACCCUCAUGGACGAACAGCCACUUGCAUUUGGGCACAAGAGUUAAAGAAAUUUCACCAUUUCCCACGAAAAAGUGACAUUCCUUGGCAUCAAAGCAUUAGUAGUCAAUGGCAUGAUCCAGUUGAUGGACACAGGGAGAUUGCAAAGUUGUUCAUGUCAGAUUUAGGAAAAAAUUGGGCCACAACUACCACCACUGAUAUUGGACGCCUUCUUAAUUUGCUAAUAUUUUGUAACCAUUUCAAAAUUCAACAUGCCUCAUUAAAAGCUGUUAAAGAUUGGCGGAAUAAGUGGGCUCAUGCAUCAGAUCUCACACUUAGUGACAUUGAUAAACAAAAUGCCUUUAAAGACAUUGAAUGCUUAAUGAAUGAUGCUGAGCUAGUCGGGAUUAAAGAAGUUCAAGAUUGUCGUUCAUCUAUUAAGAAAGUAGAAACGGCUGUUUUCUCAGUCUUACAAGACAAUGAGUCAAAGAUUCUUGAGGAAUUUCGGCUCAUUCAGCAAUUUCAGCUCAUUCAGGAAUACAAAGAAUGUCCUAAAAUAGAAGAAAAAUCUGAAGUAUCAGAGGAAGAAAUUAGGGUCCCAAAAAAGUUUGACAAACUGGUGACAGUUGUGGACAAAAUGGGUUCUGUUUUUCUUGCCAUAUUAUUGUUUGCAAUUUCUCCGCUGUCGCGCAAAGUUCUUGGGAUGUUGAUGUUUUUGGCAUAUUUCAUGUUUUAUCCAGUUGGUGACAGAACUGUGAUAUCAGAUUAUG